GGGGAUUCAUUGCAGAGUGGAUUUCUUGAGUUCGCCCUCGUUAAACUCCAUCGUCAAGCUCAAGGUGUAUGCCAACCCCAGCGUGGGACCGACGGUGCGGGUGGGCACGGGAACUCGAGGGCUGCCCCUUACGCCCCGCGCGGAGGUCGGCCCGUUCCAUGAGGGCCAGAUGCUCAAUCUCUCCUGUACAGUCACGGGCGGCUACCCCACUCCGACGGUGACUUGGUGGCAGGAUAUCAAACUCCUUGACAACAGCAGUUACCUGAUCAGCUCUCGCGGGCCCACUCAGGUUGUCAAUGACGUGAGUGUGGGGCCCCUUACGAGGGAACUGGUGAGGGUCCCGUUUACUUGCAGGGCGGAGAAUAACCCUCUGUCGUCGCCAAUGGAUCGAACCAUUCACGUCAAGAUCCACAUGGCGCCUCAGAGUGUAGUCCUUAAGGAAAUAACAAGCAUUCGGGCUGGUUUCGAGGAGCGUCUCGAGUGCCGGGCAAGAGGGGCUUAUCCGGAGGCAAACAUUACUUGGACACUCAAUGGUCAGCGUCUCAACUUCACCACGAAGGAGACACGCCAGGUUGGAAGCGACACAGUGUCAUGGGUUCGAUACGUGUCGAAUCCUCGGGAAAACGGUGCCACUCUGGCAUGUACUGCUUCUUCCCCUACGCUGCCGGACCCUCCAGUCACCACGUCGACUGAACUCAACGUCACCCACGCUCCGCUCGUUAGACUUAAGCUGGGAUCUUCACUCCUUCCCGACCACAUCCGCCAAGACGCUGAUGUCUACUUCGACUGCCUUGUGGUCUCUAAUCCUCCCGUUCAGCGCAUCGCCUGGUAUAAAGGGGAAGAAGAGGUAGUUCACAACAAGGGCGCAGGAGUGAUAGUUGGUGGGACGAACCUGGUGUUGCAGAGUGUGCAGAGGCCUGACGCCGGCAGGUACACGUGCAGGGCUACAAACGCCGUUGGAACAUCCAGGAGCAACGCCGUCACUCUCAGCAUCCAGUACGGGCCGAUGUGCGCCCAGGGCCGCGUCACCGUAACAGCAGUAGAGGGUGAAGUCGUUACUCUCCGAUGCGAGGUCGACGCCUACCCUGCAAACGUCACGUUUCACUGGCUCUUCAAUAAUACCGUCGAUUCUACGCGCUUCAGGAAGAGCGAGUACACGGUCGAGGGCGUUGUCUCCCGCCUGCGUUACGUGGCCUACUCCGCCCGCGAUUACGGCACGGUGUUCUGCUGGGCGUCCAAUCUCGUGGGCGUGCAGGAAGACCCCUGUGCCUUUGUUCUACAGCCCGCAGGCGCCCCAGACAGCGUGCAUGAUUGUGUGUUGACUAACCAAUCAGCGGGUUCACUCCACAUCACGUGCAAGGCAGGGGCUGAUGGCGGACUCACGCAAAAAUUCCGAGCUGCUGUAUACACAGGCGGAUCUUCAGAACCUGUGCGUGUACUGGAAGGGAUGUCGCCCGUCUUCACCGUCGAGGGAUUGGCAGCUGGAGGGGAUUAUGUCGUCACAGUCACAGCCAUCAAUCGCAAGGGUUCCUCUCCUCCGGUUUCGCUCGAAGCUUACACUCUCAAGGUGGCUGAGAAUAGAAUGAUCUCGGGAGUGUCCAGCAGUCAGCCCGAGCCAGCAGAAAGCAGUAGCGGGGCGGUGUCUCCCCUGUUGGGCGUGUUCCUGGGUAUCGUGGGCGCGUUCCUCCUGCUGGCGGCGGCGGCGGUGUUCAUUACCCGGAGGCACUGCUCGAGGGGCGCCGGCAGGAAGCCCGAUCUUGUGGCAGGUCAAGAACUUGAAGUGAAAUCCGAGGCUCAGGAGGGCGAAGGAGGAGAGAAAAGUGGAGGAGGAGGAGGUGGAAGCAGAGACAUGGUGGAGAGCCCCGAUAUAACGGAGGCCGACCCCUUUUUGGUGACGUCUGAGUGCAGCACCGGCACGGCCUCGACCCCUGCCAGCGCGGGCGGCUGCGUGUUCACCAUCCCCGCCCACAUUCCGCCCCCGCCCCAGUACUGCUCGGCCUCUUGCAACGACCUCUCGCCCACCCAGCACGCCCUCGAGCACUCGGCGGCGGUCCAGCACGCCCUGACCCGCUCCUCCAGCAUCCAGCACAUGAGCCCCGCCCCCCCGCCCCCGCACGCCGCGCCGGCCGACCAGCACACCUUACCGCGCUCGUCUCCGUUGCAGCACUGCCUGCAGCGCUCGGCGUCCGUGGAGCGCAGCGUCCCUCGCCCGAUCGUGAGGCAGCACAGCGGCCUGUCGCGCUCGCCGCCGCCCAUCACCACCCACCACGGCACGCCCGUCACCUUCGCCUUACACCACCCCGGCCGCGGCCACCUCGGCGUCAUCUACAGCAGCAGCGUGGAGGCCAAUCUGAACGAGCAGGGCGUGCACGCGAGCCAGGGCGGCUCCGGCUCGGCCGCCCACCCCGCCUCGAUCCACUACGUGCAGCCUCAUCCCGGGCUGGCGGGAGACGUGCCCAUGGUGGUCACGUCGGCCCACGGGGCACCCGCGCAGCCCGCCUCCACGGGACAAGUACACAUGGCUCUGGGCCUGGCACCGAGUCACCUUCUCGGGGUGUCGCCCGCCGCCCACGCCAGGAUGGGCGCGAGCACGAUGAGCAAAGGCGUGGCGGAGGGCGUGGGCGAGCCACCCAUCACGCACUCGAGCCCUAAGAGCAGAGCCAAGCACGUGACGUGGUCCGGAGGCCAGACGCACGGCGAGGAGAGCGCCGUCUGA